AUGAACACGCUCACCUUGGUGCAGCUUCGCGGGUUCCUAUCCCAGAUGCGGCACCACGAGGAGGAGCACGCUUCAGUGACGAAGCUCUCUGUCGUGGGGAUUGCCAUGCAGGCUCUGAUGGAUGCAUUUGAUUCCUUCCUCCACCUGAGUGUGGCCGCGCCGGUGCAGGCGCUCAACACCUACAACUUCGCGGUCGUGUCAAUGCUGAAAUUUUCAUUGUUCGCCCUGGUGGAGGUGCGGUAUCUUCUGCUGAUCUGGAGGCAUCAUCACCAGCAUGUCUUUGCAGAAGGUUGGGAGACAGUGCGGCAAGAGCUGUCGCGCGUCUACGCGCAGUUUUACGGCGCAUUGAUUGGAGGACUUGUUUUUAUUUUCGUGGCCUCAGACUACUUGGACAUUGUGGCUCUGGUGAUGCAGGCAUACUGGCUGCCACAAAUAAUCCAUGAUGUGAGGCAUGGGUCUAAGAACUCCUUCACGCGGCGCUUCGUCAUCACCAUCACAGUGACUCGUACAUUGGAGUUCCUCUACCUUUGGGGGUGCCCUGCAGGCAUCUUCAAUGGCGACAUCUACCCACAGCUACCCGGUGCUCAGUCGCUUGAGCUCUGCGCUGCUGCCCUGUGUCUGCAAGCAGCACAGGUGGCAGUGAUGCUCUCGCAGCAGCGGCUAGGGCCCAGGUGGUUUGUACCGUGGAUUUGCCUGCCUGACGUGUACAACUACCGUCGAACGGCACAGGCAGUGGCAGGAUCCGAAUGCGUCAUCUGCAUGCUGGAAAUCACCCCGGAGGAUGGCUUCCACAUCGUCACUACGCCUUGUGACCACCGAUUUCAUGACUCCUGUCUGGAGAGGUGGAUGGAUGUGAAGAUGGAAUGCCCCACUUGCCGGAGAAACCUGCCUCCCAUGUGA